GUUUUCAGUUGGACACAUCAGCAAGGCUGUUUGAACCAUACUGAUAGUGUUAUCGAAAUAUUAUAUGACUUAAUUCUAUUUUUGUUUUGGAUUUAAUAGUGUAAAAGGCGGUGCAUGGCUGCCGUUAAAAUGUAACACUUCAGCAGUCAAUACAAGACACAGCGCCAUCUCCAUUCGGACACUAAGCAACUUGCACUGAAUUCGGAAGCCUCGCCAUUAUGAAACAAAGUUUGACAUGGACUAUAAAAGAAGCUCAAACAUAUACAAGCUUGGUUUGAACUCACUGUGAAGAACACUUAUCGGGAGUCUUUAAACUUAAACAUCAUUUCAAAAGUUGACAGCAUAUCAACUGAAAGAUGAAGGAAAAGUCUAGGAUGCAAAAUGGUGGGCCAGUUGUUGGCAUCCCGAUUGAUGUUGCAUAUGGCUCACUAUCUUUCUUCACCACUGUUGUACACAACAUCUUCCUGCUCUACCACGUUGACAUGUUUGUCUCCGUGUACAAGAUCGACAAAGCCUCGUUCUGGCUCGGGGAAAUGAUCUUCCUUAUCUGGAACUCGCUCAAUGAUCCAGUGUUUGGCUGGAUAAGUGAUAAGCGCUACCUUUCAUCCGCAGGAAACAAUCACCAAAGUGUUCAGAGUAUAGUCUUAAGAAGGCUUGAUGCCUUGCUUUGGACUGGACCAAUGUUUGCUGUCUCAUUUUUAGCCUUCUGGGUGCAGUGGGCGGCCCCAGGUCUGCAAUUUGUAAUAUGUUUAUGCCUGUACGAUGGCUUUUUGACGAUGAUUGAUCUCCACCAUUCUGCCUUACUGGCGGACCUUGCAAUAUCAGCUAAAGCUCGGACAAAGUUGAACUCAAGAUCAUCGUUCUUUAGUAUUUUAGGGUCAGGAUCUGUUUUCCUUUCAUAUGCGGUUUGGAAUAAGGAUAACUUGCGGACGUUCAGGAUUUUUUGUCUAGUCUUGUCGCUUAUUUGUCUUGUUGGAUUUGGGUUGAUGACAAAAGUGCUCAAAAAUAUAUUUAUACAGAACUCUGAUAAGAUGGUGCUUAAAGAAUCAUCACAUGAAAGGUUUGAACCAGUCAAGAGCGAGGGUCGCAAGCUGGCUUCAUUUGUACGGGAAAUUUCAUCGCAGUCCAAUUUUUUAUGGUUUGCUGCAAUGAAUAUUAUACAGGUGUUCCACUGCCAUUUCAACAGCAACUUUUUCCCUUUGUUCCUGGAGAAUUUACUCGGAGAUGCAAUAAGCCCCGGACUCGGAUCUGUUCUUAUAGGUAUCUCCUUUGUUGCCCCACACAUCAACAAUCUAUACUUCUUGUCGCUAUGUCGGCGGUGGGGUGUGUACUCCGUCAUACGACUGCUGUUUGUCGUCAAGCUCGCUAUCUCCCUUGUCAUGUUCCUGGCUGGACCCAAUCAUGUAUGGCUGUUGUGUGUGUUCAUUGCCAGUAACCGAGUGUUCACAGAAGGUACCUGUAAGCUGUUGAACCUAGUAAUCAGCGACCUUGUGGACGAAGAUUUCGUGCUUCACCACCGGCACCAGCCCGUCUCCGCCCUCAUGUUCGGCACCGCUGCCCUGCUGUCUAAGCCGGGCCAGACCCUUGCGCCGCUGGUCGGCACAUGGCUUCUGGCAAAACAGACAGGGCAUGAUAUAUUUGAAUCUGGUCGUGCGGCAGGGUCCAUCAAGAUACAAGGUGGACUCGACUCUGCUCAGCAGGAAGAGUAUAAACAGGGCUGCUUUCAUCUUCUAGUCUAUAUACCUGUGGUCUGUGCAAUUACUCAGCUGCUCGUGUGGACCCAGUUCUCUCUACGUGGCAAACGGCUCCGUAUAGUGAAGGCUGCAAGGGAGGGGGCACUGUAUAGCCAUGUGUGAUAUACUUAAAUAGUCAUCAGAUGAAAAUGAUUUGGUUAAAAUUAUAUUAGAAUGCAGGUGUCAGAAGUUUUCAGCAAAUUAAGCAUUUUCAUUAAUCUUGUUUAUAAUAAUUAUUAAAAAUGUUCCAGUUUUCAGCAAAUUUAGCAUUGCAUUACACAUCAAUGUACUUCGUAGUUAUGCAUGUGAUAAGCACGGGUUUUUAAGUUCAGGAAAAAUCCUCAGAUCAGAAUUGCAAUAUUUCACUUCAGACUAUUGUACAGCUGUUAAGAUUUUUUUUCUCAGAAAUGAACGUUAAAAGUUAUAAUUUUUAUAUAAAUGACUUCGGAGAAACUUCAGCUUGAAGGGGUCUAAGCCCAUUAAUCCUGCUUUGGACAUGAAACCCUCAUACUCAAACACGUCCCCAGCUAUUUUUCGACAAUUAUCAGCUGUUAGAACCCGUUUUUAGUACAUUGUAACUCGAUGAUCCUUUCACCACAACGGGUACAGUAAAAUGUGCAAACUUGCCGUCUUGAAUGCACUUUUGGAAGUUUGCAUUUAAGCUUAUGUUUUUUUUAUUCAUUUGGUUUCUUCUUGGAAACUACAGUGCUGUUUCAAAGUGUUCUUGUUAUUUUUUUGUUAUUUUAAAAUAUGCCAGGAAGAUUGGUGCUAUUUUUCCUGCAUUUAUCAAGAGCUGAAUGAAGUCAUCAGUAAUGUAUAUCUUGUAAGGUAAUGAGUUGUUUAUUUGCCAAAGUUGAUUUUACAAAUUCAACCAAAUAUUUUUAUACAAUUGUAUCAAAGUUGUAUGUAUAAUGUAUGUGUCAAAUCAGAUAUAGGAGUUACUUCUCUGUGAUCGCAAAUAUUAUUGAUUUUGAAUAUAUCACAACUGAAAUGCUUUUAUCACCCAAUUCUGUUUUAUUCAUUUUAAUAAGGUGCAGUUAAAUUUUAUAGUGAAUAGAUACAUAUAGAAUAUUUAUUUUUGAGCCAAUUAUUUGCUAUUGAAUUGGUCAGUUUAAAUUUUUCUCUUCAAAAUGUUGUUUUACUUAUAUGUGUAUAAAAUUGUGAUUUUUUAAUCAUUUCCCCAGUUUGUUUCAAUAUUUGUAAGUUAUAAUGAUAAUCAUAUAUAUGACAUUUAUUACACGCUUGUAAAUGGUAUUUGAACACUGUUUAUAUCGUCAAUACUAGCUUGGUUGUCAUAUAUAGUAACAUAUUGUCGGGUAUUGUCGUCCAGUAGUCAAUAGCGGAUAUAGAAGGGCGGACCCUGCAUGCUCCCCUUCUUCCAUUGUCCAAGUUCAAUUCAUGAUGUUUAAAUUAUUUCAAAAGAGUUAAAAUCAAAUUGAAUUUGGACUAGAAAAAUAAAAAUAAACUUAAUUAAUAGCAUAAAAAAUAUUUUCUAUCAUGAUGUGACUGUAAUGCUCCCUUGGUAUAAACAAUAUCUAUUUCAUUAAGCAUUUUAAAUUUCUAGAGAUAAAACGUUCGAGCAUAACCAAAUGAUUUACUGUUGCAAUAAUACGUAAAAUAGACACAAGUAUAUGUGCAUAAAACCAAAUAUAAUCACUACUGUAUUCAGAUCGAAGCUUUGAACGCCCCAUUAAAACGGGAUUUCUGGGUCCGCCCUCAUGUCCGUUGUUGUUCACCGUGUCAUACAUACUUGUCCCUCUGAAUACUCUUUGAAUGCUCAUGUAAUGUUCUGCUCAAGUACAGCAAGACCAUCAGAAUUGCUUUCUGUGAUUCUUCAGUAUAUCUUUUUUAACUUUCAAAUUAAGUGCCUUUUGUACUUAAAAUGACAUUAUCUUGCUCUGACAUGUUGGGCUUGUCUUUCAUAAUGUGUGAAAGCUUUAAAUAAAGAAAUGAUCACAUGUGUACAUAAAUAAAUUAUGAAUUAUAAUUCUGGUUGGGGUUUUGUUUCGAAGUAUAUUCUGACCUGCAGUAUCCAAAAUAAAUGCCUACUUUUCAUUAAAAUCAAAAUGCUCUGAAGAUCUACUGUCAGAUUUUGUAAAAACUGACUGGAUGACCGUAAGGGAAUGUUAUGGGUUGUUUGAAAAAAGUAAAUUCUAAAAUUCACGUGUCUGAAUACAUUUUUUUAAAUAUUUACGUUAUUUGACAUUUUAAAUGUCAUAUGUCAAAGUCGUACCAGUCUUGUCUAGAAAUGUUCGUUCAUUGCUCCGGAGCAAAGCUGAUAUUUCGCGACAUACCGCUUGAAAAAUAGUUAUAGGGAUUAUUGAUAUUUUGUGACAUUUAUACCAUUGACAUGACAGCAAUUUUUAAAGGCAUUUUUGGUCUGAACUGCUUGGAGUGUUUUCACUCGUUAAACUCGAUUGUUGAAUGCUUUGAAUAAAUAAACUGAUAUUAUUUUUAUUGUGAAUACAUUUGUCAACUCUUUCUGAUAGGUAUAUGUGAUAUGUUAUUAUGUGAAAUUACAAAUAUUUUUUGUAUAUUGUUAUGUUCAUAUCAAUAGCCCACCGCUGACGUAAUCUAUUCAUACAAAAUGAAAACCAAAGGUGAUAUCUUUGAUUUUUUAAACCAAAAAAAAUGUUAAAACAUUUCAAAACCAUUUCGUUGCUACAAAUAUUUAUUGUAUUAGAAUUUUAUUUUUAUCAUUGUUUUCAUCCCAAAAGAUAUUGUUACCACACAUCAUUGCCGUUGUAUAUGUAACUUUUAAAUUGGUAUUAUUCAUACGUUCAUCGGGGUGUGUCACACUUAACAUCGUAAAUUCAAUAAGUUUACAAUAUAAACAUGAACUACAGUUUGAAAUAUGAACUUGAAAUGUAAUCAAUGUUGUUGCUACAAUUAUUUUUUUCAAUGCAUCAUCCUUGAACAAGUCUGGCAAGCUUGUGCUGGUCCUGAAACCUCCCCAGGCCUUACGAUUUAGACGUGUCAUGAAAUAUUGUGGCCAAUCAACAUUUCAGAAAUCUGUUGUUGUUUUUUUCAGGUGAACAAGUGAACAUCAAAUGUUUCGUAUUAUAUAAUUUUUAGAAAUAUUAACUAAAAUGACCCGUCAUCGAUGUUUGUACAAGACAGUGGCUCUAUUUCUUUAAAUAAAUAAAUUGUUCAAACUUAAGUUGAGUUCGAAGUGUUGUUGUCCUGGUCUUAACAUAAAACUUAUAUACAGAACAGAACAAAACAUAUGAUUGCACGUGAACCUUACAGUUGUUUGGGUUACAUUUACAUGAUUUACAAAUAUAUUAACAAUUAAACACUUUAGUGUCAUUUCUUAUUUAUUUAUUUUUGUUUCAGACUUUUGCCAUCAAUGCAUUAAUUAAUUCAGUCAUACAAUUGAACACAUCUAUAUUGUUAAAAAAACGGCCGAACUUUUUUGAUUUUUUAAAGCGUUAGUAACUCUUUUGGCCAUAAAACAUAAAAUUUUGACAAUAAAAUUAAAACUGCGAAAUAAUCUUUAAUCAGCUAUCUAAUGGCACAGGUUUCAAGAGAUUUACUCAGUGUCGCUCAUUUUAAGACAAGAAUUAAGAUGUUGUCACGGUCAAUCUGUGAGAGUGCAAGUUUAAGGACAAAUUAUAAUAAACGCACAAAGGUUGUUGAUUUUGAUAACGAUUUAGUAAAAUUGUUGACAAAUUUAUGAAAAAUAUGUUAUCUCCGUCUGUUAUGUCAGUGAUAUUGAUUAAUUAUUGAAACGGCUAGUUAAACCAUAAAUGACAAUUUUCAAAUCAAUACUAUUUAACUCCGUAUUUUAGAAAUACAAAUCGAUAUCACAUCGGAUUUCGUAAACAUAUUUAAAGGUUUAAAAAUAGUAUGACACCUGUCAAUUACCGAACACAGAGACAUAUCGCAUAUUUUACAAAACUUCCGAUCAAUAUAGCCCAUUCAAACUACAAUUAAGAUUUAUUUUGAUUACACAAUAUAACAACAUGGAAGCCUUAUGUCCGAAAAAGCGUCCAAAUAACAUCAAAUUCGACAUACUGCAUAUUGUUUUUCAAAAACUGUGCUGGUGAUAAGCUAUGAACCCAUAAUACAAUGGAGUCGACAGGGACAAUUCCAGCCGCCGACAUACUGAGAUCAGGUUUAAAGGAAAUAUGGUUUAUGCCUUAUAGAACCACAAGACAGUGUUAUAUUUGUAUUUACAAUGUGUUUUUGUUUGAUUUAUGAUACCCCCAUUCGAUUAUUAUUGACUGAAGCCAAUGUUAGCUGUUGCGAUUCAUAGUCCUUUUUGUAAUAAAGGUUGUUGAUGUUGUU